CCUCUUUCUCAGUCCAUUUUCCCAAUGAAACGUAAAAAGAGUGAAUAUUUGUAUCGAGUUUUUUUAGCAUUUAUAUUUCGGUAAAAAUGGAUAUAUAGUCGGAUUUGCACAACAGAGCAAAAAGGCAUUGUUGCCCAUAUAAGUUUAAAUUUAUUGUGAAAAUGUUUACAACAACAUCAGCCAUCAUGGCUUCCCCAAAUUCGGAAAGCGUGUUAUUAGGACAACACCUCUUAUAUACACAUUUUAUAUUAUCAUCGUCACCAUCUGGAACACCAUCUGAUUUAAAUGACUAUGCCAUCGACGGACAUCAACAAAAUUGCUACCAUGGAAUCAAUAGCAUUGCCACAGGAUCUUUACUGGGACGGCAAACUGGAACCGAUCUCGCCUACAAACAGCGAGAUGUUGCCGGUUAUAUGUGAAGAUCUGAACGACAAUUGGCUUUCUUCGAACUAUGAUUUUGAAAACGACAUAAUAAUAAUUUCUCAAGAAGAUAUUGAAUUAAAACAUCAUGAUGUUGAUUUGGUUGAAGCUUUAUUGGCUGAUGAAGAUUUAAUAAUGGAGUUCAAUGAUUUGAAAGAUGAAAACUUGUAUUCACCAACUUCAUUAUUAGAUAGCUCCAUCGAAAACGCUAUCGUCAAUCCAACACAAGCGGUUAAAGUUCUUCCAGAAAUCAAUCAUUUUGGAUUUGCAAAUCAUAAUGCCUCAGCGGUUCUAACACAGCUGACUCCACCAAGUUCGCCGCCCCAGACAACAGUAUCACCACUGAUACCGCCGGUAUUGGAGACAGUAACAUCUGCAAUAGGCGUCAAUAAUGGUUUGCAACAACUUUUUAAAAGCUCAGAGCCAGCAUCUCCAAAUUCCCAAGUUCAGACAUCUUUCGGCUUCAAUAAUUGGAACAACAACAAUCACCAACAUAGUACAACCAACGAAGAAAAGUCAGAAGAUGACAUUGCAUUUCAUACCCAAAUUAUUAACGACAUUUUGAAGUCAGCUGCGGAUAAAAUUUUUGAAGAGGGCGAAUCACAAUCCUCCAUUUCCGGCCCCCCAUCGCAGGCAGAUUAUACAGAUGACGAAUGGCAACCCUCUUCAGGAAGUUGUUCACCUUUGCCCCUUCAUCAUCAUGCUGAAAGUUCUAGUGAAUCUUGCAGUGGUUCAUCGUCGCCAGUACCAACUAAGAAACGGACUCGUCCCUAUGGUCGCGGUGUCGAAGAUCGUAAGAUACGCAAAAAGGAACAGAACAAGAAUGCGGCCACUCGCUAUCGUCAAAAGAAGAAGCUUGAAAUGGAAUACAUACUCAUCGAAGAGCAAGAGUUAAACAAACGCCAUGAGGAGUUGAAAUUGCAACUGGCUGAGCGUAAGCGCGAAGCCAAAUACUUAAGAACACUCAUUCGAGAAUUUUACUCAAAGAAGAAAAUUUAGUCUAACAAUGUGUUGUGUUAAUUUCUUUGGGUUUUCCUUAAAAUUGAUUUUUACUUUUCUCAUGCUGUUGUUUAAUUUGCCUUCGACCGUCAAUAUCAUAUGUAUGUCGUUUUAGAAAAUAUCGUAUGUUUUUAUUUAUGAUGUCCCAUGUCUCAUGUUCCAUAAUUUUUUUUUAUAAAUAUUUUAUUUACAAUUUCUUGUAAGGAGCAUAUUAGAUCGACGUUUAAAAUGUCAUUCGCUUAUCCGUAUAACUUGGCGCCUAUGACAUGAACCUGGUUCCGCAGGUCAUCGAAUUUAUUUUGUCAGUUAAACGGAAUAAGCCUCAUUAUUGCCAUCGGUUAAAUAGACACCAUUUUGUAACUGAACCCUUUUACCUAGUCUAUAAAACGCAUUUUUCGUCGAUAAAUAUGUUCCCAAUUAUUUUAACUAAAUAAAGGGUUUACUUAUAAAAAAAACA